AUGUCUAAGGGUGAUGUUAACCAGGGCGACAAGUCCGUCUUCGGCAUGCCCGGAUUCGUCGUCGACUUCUUGAUGGGUGGUGUCUCCGCCGCUGUCUCCAAGACCGCCGCUGCCCCCAUUGAGCGUAUCAAGCUCCUGAUCCAGAACCAGGAUGAGAUGCUCAAGGCCGGUCGUCUCGACCGCAAGUACAACGGUAUCGCCGACUGCUUCAAGCGUACCGCUGCUGCUGAGGGUAUGGCCUCCCUGUGGCGUGGUAACACCGCCAACGUUAUCCGUUACUUCCCCACCCAGGCUCUUAACUUUGCCUUCCGUGACACCUACAAGUCCAUGUUCGCCUACAAGAAGGAACGUGAUGGAUACGCCAAGUGGAUGAUGGGUAACCUUGCCUCCGGUGGUGCUGCCGGUGCCACUUCCCUCCUCUUCGUCUACUCCCUGGACUACGCCCGUACCCGUCUGGCCAACGACGCCAAGUCCGCCAAGGGCUCCGGUGAGCGCCAGUUCAACGGUCUCGUUGAUGUUUACCGCAAGACCAUCGCCUCCGACGGUAUUGCCGGUCUCUACCGUGGUUUCGGUCCCUCCGUUUUCGGUAUCGUUGUUUACCGUGGUCUCUACUUCGGCAUGUACGACUCCCUCAAGCCCGUUCUCCUUGUUGGCUCCCUUGAGGGCAACUUCCUUGCCUCCUUCCUGCUCGGCUGGACCGUCACCACCGCUGCCGGUGUUGCCUCCUACCCUCUGGAUACCGUCCGUCGCCGCAUGAUGAUGACCUCUGGUGAGGCCGUCAAGUACAAGUCCUCCAUGGAUGCUGCCCGCCAGAUCGUCGCCGCUGAGGGUGUCAAGUCUCUCUUCAAGGGUGCUGGUGCCAACAUCCUCCGUGGUGUUGCCGGUGCCGGUGUCCUGUCCAUCUACGACCAGGUCCAGCUCAUCCUCUUCGGCAAGAAGUUCAAAUAA